AAAGAAAGAAAAGAGAGUGAGCAGAGAGUGAGCAGAGAGUGAGCAGAGAGAAGAGGAGUGUCGGAUUCUCAGGAUGGAUGUGACAUCACACUGCGAAGGCUAUGACAUCACCGAGUGUGGAGCCGACAAGAACAAUGUCCAAUCAGAAUGCAUCUCCAGCCAGCCAACAGCCAAUGGGACGCUCCGGCUUCACAGCACAGAGGAGAGCCCUCCCCCCCUGCUCUCUGAUAGGUCAGAGGACGGAGACAGCGGUGAUGACUCUGUGACAGACGGCUCCUCCACCAAUGACGUCGCUCGCCUGCUGCCCGGACAGACGGCUGCUCUCAGGAAACAGAAAGGUAGCUGUCUGAUGUCACCUGUGACGUCACCUCUCUGUCUCUCAGGUGUGGACAGCUCCUCAGUGUCUCCUCCUCCCGUCUGUACUCCUCCUCCUCCUCAUCGUCACCACGGACACAGCACCAAUCAGAAGCGUCUCACCUCCACUAAAAGCCACGCCUCCAUUAAGACGGACGCCGCCCACAUUAAGGAGGUCGCUGGAGAUGACUGUUGCGUUCACUGUCUCCUGGCAUGUCUGUUCUGCGAGCUGCCGUCCAUGUGUCUGGCUGUGGGGGAGUGUCUGUCCUGUGGAGUGGGCGGGGCCUGCUGCUGCGACGCUGCGGUUGGCUGCUGCUGCUGCAUGGAGGCGGCCUGUACGGAGGAGGCGUGUCAGGCCGCAGUGGAUUGUGGGAUACUGGAGGACUGCUGCGGCUCCACUGACUGUCUGGAGGUCUGUUUGGAGUGCUGCUCCAUCUGCUUCCCCUCAUAGAGCAGCCAAUCACAGACGGACUACAAGAUGAUGUCACAGCACUGACCGUUGCCUGGAGACGGAACGGCCAAUCAGAGCCUGAACUCAGAUCAGCUGAGUGACAAUAAAACAUGGUCUUCUGUCCUCUUAAUGAUGACAUGAUGUCCUCAUGGUAAUGACACGUCAUCUGGAAUGAAUACAUGAAUGUGUGACGUAACGUUCACUGACAGUCAGAGAAAACUGAACUUCAUUAGUAGAACAAAUGCAGCUCUGUGCUACAGCUAACAGCUAGCAUCUGUACGUACUUCAUGAACUGGACAGGAAGUGGAUCCUGCAGGGACAGGAAGUGUGUGUUUGUUGAAGCGACACGACAGGACAUCAAAACAGGAAAUGGGAAAUCACUGAGAUGACAACGCCACCUGACCUCUGACCCCCAGCAAGCCCAACAUCAAAGAGACACACACACACUCACAUACACACAUACACACACACAUACACACACACACACUCACAUACACACAUACACAUACACACUCACAUACACACUCACAUACACACACUCACAUACACACACACACAUACACACACACACACACACACACACACACACACACACACACACUCACAUACACACACACUCACAUACACACACACACAUACACACACACGUACACACACACAAACACACGCACACACACACACACGCACACACAUACAGACACACAUACAUAAAACUUGCAACAGCUAACACUUCCUCCUGGUGGUCAGAGAAGACUAUGACGAUUGUAUUUAGAUAUACAUAUAAAUACAUAUAAAUACAUGUAUUUAUAUAUAUAUAUAUAUAUAUAUAUAUAUGUAUUUAUAUGUACACAUAUAUGUGUGUACAUGUACAUAAAGUAGUUGAGGACAAAGUAUAUAUUGAUAAUAUUAUUGAUUUAAUAAAUA